UGUGAGAAACUUUGUAACGGCGCCAACGAAGGGAAAAGUGCCAAAAAUGGGUUAUCCAGAAUCCCGUCGGCUUUUAAUUUAGCAUUCGCGACUACUGCUCAUCUUCAGUCUAACUGGGCGAAGCAUUUUCCUGGGCACCAGACCACCAAGAAAUGGUUCACCCUGGCUACGGGUGCCAAGAUCCAGGGGGACACCAUGCACGGAACCUUCACGCGAUUAUGCCGAUAUCGCAAAAGCUGGAGGCUGCACGGCGCUAAAAUCCUGGAGCUGCCGUACGUGGGAGAUCAUUGCAACGCCUAUUUCAUCCUCCCUGGCAAGAGACACUGGUUCUCCUGCCCACUGCGCAAAGACAGGCUACGUCAUGUCGAGAAGUUGUUGACGCCCGCAGUCUUGCUACAAGAAAUCGAGAAAAUGGACUUCCCACACGCUGUAACUGUGGAGAUACCGAAAUUCUCCUUGAAAUGCACCAUGGCGGUCGAGAAAAUCCUUGCGCAGAUGGGUAUGCCGACCGCGUUUUCCGACGACGCUGAUCUGUCCGGAAUCAGCACACAGUCGCCACUGAAGAUUUCUACCAUCAUGCAGACAGCCGUUUACGGGAUCGACGAAAGCAAGAAGUGCUUAAUAAUUUUGCUGCCCGACAUCCACAGCUGCGCAUUGUGUCCAGUUCUACUCUUACACUGCUCGGGGCCCCCGUGCUGGACGACGCGAUUGGCUCAUCGCUUACCGAAAAGGCAGCUACACUGGUCAGCGUAUGUGAAAGGUUGA